ACCAGUAAUGGAGGAGGGAGUUUAAGUGAUUAUUCCUCCUCUGUCCCAUCAACUCCAAGCACCAGCCAGAAGGAGCUACGGAUUGAUGUUCCUCCCACUGCCAACACACCAACACCUGUCCGUAAACAGUCCAAGCGCCGGUCCAACCUUUUCACGUCUCGGAAAGGGAGUGACCCAGACAAAGACAAGAAGGUCCUGGAGAGCAGAACGGAUAGCAUUGGAAGCGGCCGUGCAAUCCCAAUUAAACAGGGUAUGCUGCUAAAACGAAGUGGCAAGUCUUUGAAUAAAGAAUGGAAGAAGAAAUAUGUUACGUUGUGCGACAAUGGUGUCCUGACCUAUCAUCCUAGUUUACAUGACUAUAUGCAGAAUGUUCACGGGAAAGAAAUCGACUUGCUGAGAACUACUGUGAAAGUCCCGGGAAAGAGGCCACCCCGAGCUACGUCAGCGUGCGCGCCCAUUUCUAGUCCCAAAACGAACGGUCUCUCCAAGGACAUGAGCAGUUUACACAUCUCGGCAAAUUCAGGUAAGCCACUACCAUGCUGGGCAAAAGAAGGAAGGGCUUCAUUGCCCAGUGUGCAUAUAAUUCACAUGUAG